AUGAGCGGCACUGCUUCGACCAGCGGUCUCAAGUCUGCCGAUAGGGCCUUUGUCCCAGGAGGAGGCGACUAUAUGUGGUCCGUUAUGUACAACAGUGAUGGAUCAACGUCCACUUUGUGCCGUUUCAGCCGUACCUCAUACACAUGGCAGACGAUGAAGACAUUCGGUGAUGUCGCUGGCAACAACGUCUGGGGAGCACUCUACGCCUCUGGCGAUGGUAUGCUCUACGGUUCAGAGAAUACCAGUGGACAGAUCUUCCAAUUCCCCAUCGCGCCAUCGAUCGGCAACCCCAAGUUCAUCGCAACAGGCCCAGUAUCCUCAUGGAACGAUGGUGCCAGGUGUAUCGACAGUCAGAACCUCUAG